UUCGUGCUUCGGCGCCGCGCGGGUGAGGAGCUCCAGUCUCCGGCUUCCGCCACCACCACCGCCGCCGCCUCCUCCGCCUCCAGCCCACCUCUGGGCUUGCGCCGCCCGCCAGCAGCAUGCCGUCCAAGGGGCCGCUCCAGUCCGUCCAGGUCUUCGGACGAAAGAAAACUGCCACCGCUGUGGCCCACUGCAAGAGAGGCAAUGGGCUGAUCAAGGUGAAUGGGCGACCCCUGGAGAUGAUUGAGCCUCGCACCCUGCAGUACAAGUUGCUGGAGCCUGUCCUCCUACUAGGCAAGGAACGUUUUGCUGGAGUAGAUAUUCGAGUCCGUGUGAAAGGAGGCGGCCACGUCGCCCAGAUUUAUGCUAUCCGGCAGUCCAUCUCCAAAGCCCUGGUGGCCUAUUACCAGAAAUAUGUGGAUGAGGCCUCCAAGAAGGAAAUAAAAGACAUCCUUAUCCAGUAUGACCGAACUCUGCUGGUGGCUGACCCUCGCCGCUGCGAGUCCAAGAAGUUUGGUGGUCCUGGGGCCCGGGCUCGCUACCAGAAAUCCUAUCGAUGAGACAACUGCUGGGGUUGCGGGUCUUUUUGCAAUAAAUUUGGUAUAUGACCUUC